CCCUCUCUCCUGCAUGCAGCCUUUCUAUCUGGAAGCCCAAGGAGGACUCUGAUCACUGCAGCUCCAUCCUUUCCAAACAGCUGGGACUCUCCGGUGGCCUUUGCUGGUGGCUACUGGCUUCAGUAGAUCUCAGGCAGAGGGGAAAAAAAAGGGUCGAGAUCGAGGCAGAUCCGAGCUCGCCAAUGCUUCGCGGCUGGAGUCGGUGCGCGCCUUGCAACUGUGGAGUGCUGCUAGCAAGACUUCUUUAAUGGGACCCCUGGUGUCCUUGGCUCCCGGGCGCGAUCUCCCCAGCAGACUCAGCGCUGCGGCCAUCAUGCCACAAUGGUUAUAAUUUGGAUCUUCUUCUUCCUGAGUUUGUUGCAGGAGUCUUGGUCCCCAGGGCUGGCGGCGGAGGUGCCCGAGGCACUUUCUUGUGCCAAAGGCCAGACGUGCGACCCAAGGCUGCGCAGAGAUGCUGGGGGCCGCGGCGGGGUCUAUGAGCAUCUCGGGGGAGCUCCCAGGCGCCGCAAGCUCUACUGUGCCACCAAGUACCACCUCCAGAUCCACGCCAGCGGGAAAAUCAACGGCACCCUGGAGAAGAACAGCGUCUUCAGUAUUCUAGAGAUAACUGCAGUUGAUGUUGGAAUUGUUGCCAUCAAAGGUUUAUUUUCCAGCAGAUACCUGGCAAUGAACAAAAGAGGCAGACUUUAUGCUUCAGAAACUUACAAUGCAGAGUGUGAGUUUGUGGAAAGGAUCCAUGAAUUGGGCUAUAACACUUAUGCAUCUCGCCUAUACCGGACUGCGCCCAGUGGAGCCAACAACAAACGCAAAGCCAGUGCUGAAAGGCUUUGGUAUGUCUCUAUCAAUGGGAAAGGACGACCCAGACGGGGCUUUAAAACCCGUAGGACACAGAAAUCCUCUCUCUUUCUGCCCAGGGUAUUGGAUAACAAAGACCAUGAAAUGGUUCGACUAUUCCAUACAAAUGUUAAAUACAGAGAGAGUCUACUUAAACCUCCAAAUAAGAACCAGAGAAGACGGAGAGGGCACUAGUGGACUCUUCAGGAAGGUUAAGAUGGGCCUGAAAGCAAGGGAAAGUGUUCAAAUUGCUACUAAAAAACUAACAGCUGUGAUUGUAUGACAGAGAUAAACAUGGACGUUUUUGAUACGCUGUGUAUGUAAUUUGAGGUCACAUCAAAUCUAUCUACUUUUAGCUAUUUUAGAAUUGUUACCUGUGGUAAAAUGUGACAUAAACUGAGGCACAUUGAAGUGUAAAUUAGUUUGAUGUAAUGAUUUUACCAAUGGCUUUUAGCAUUUUUCUUCUUAAUUUUAAUUUGUUGUUUGUUUAACUUACUUUAGAGUAUUCCCCAAUGAACCUUUCUUCCCCAGUGUAAUAUGAAUAUUAUACACCUAUCACCUGAGAGAAAGCAUAGCACUUUCAUAAUACUUUCUUUGGUUUCCCAGUAGAGGACUACAUUGAAGUUAUAAUAGACACAGAAACCUCAAAACUGGUUUAAUUUGUAACUUACUUGUAUUUAUUUUUACCUAGAUUUUUUUUAUGAAUGUUCAGUAUCUGUUAUAUUACCUUCUCUGGCAUUAAAUUAACCUGAAAUUGUAAAUUUACUUUACAUUUAAACAUUUCAAAAGAACUGCACAUUAUUAGGAUAUUUUAGAAUUUGUUCAAUUAAAAUGUAUCUUAUCUUAUUUGCUAAUGGAUUUCUACAAAUCUUGGUAAAUCAGAUGAAGUGUAAUUAAUAUAAAUUUUGGAAGAACUUAUAAACUAGUUUUUAAACACUGAGUCUUAUUCCAGGAUACGUUCAGAAUGACAUUUAAGAUGGGAGUCUUCAUUUCCAUUAGAAAUUUUUGUUAAAUGGGAGUGGUAACUCAGUGUCUGUUCCUGUUAUCUUUAUGUCUCUGAAAUUCCCACUGAAGUCAACCGGAGUUGUGACAUAGGAACAUUAGCUGUCAGACUGGAAACUUUGAUCUUAUAUUUUCUGUAUAAAAUCUUAGUCAUGGGAGUAAAUAUGUUUCAACCAUUUAAAGAAAAAAAGUUUGACUAUGCAAAAAUAUAGCAGUUAACUGAUUUUUAGAUUAUUACUACUAUUAUUACAUUAAUCUCAUAUUAAAAGCUUGUAUUUGGAAGAGACGGUCCCAAACUGUAAAACACAAUUUGGAUCUCAAUUAAUGAUCUUGGAUUUUUGUGCAAACAGUUAAUGAAAGCCAGUCAGCUGUAAUAUUUUGAUCUGAAUCCAAAAGUGAACUUUUGCAAAAUUUUAGAAUAUUAUUUUCAGCUUAUUUGUUAGAAAAUUUCCACUUAGUAUUCAGGAAACAUCAUCUUAUUGAAAAAGCAAUAUUUGGAUUUAUGUAUGUCAGCUACAAGUGUGAACAAUAACAUUAUUAUCAUGUUGUGAUGACAUAGGAUUUGAGGUGUUUGUUGCCUCAGAGAAUCAGGCCCAAAUACAGCCCUGCUGAGUAAAAGAGAGACUGCAGUGAAUUUAGUAUUCAGUGUGUACUUAACAAAUAACUUAACAAUCUGUUAAAUAAACAUCCAUUACUUAGAAAAAAUAAAUAAAUGCUAAUUCAGUUCCAAAUCAAACUGGUAUAAAGCAUGCAGGACUUCCUGUGUUCUAUCCAUUUCACAAUGGAUUUAAAGCCUAAAUGUGCAAAACUGCUAUCAUAAUCAGUGGUAGAUUUUCAUAAGGAAGAGAAAAAGAAUUUAGCUUAUUAAAUGAGCCCAAAAUAUUGCUCUGUCCUCUAUACAUACCUAGCAAUGUGGACUCAUAGUAGCACUUUUGCACCAAAAGUCGUUUUGACCUAACAUUUUUCCCAUUAUUUCCUCAUUUGUUCUCCUAAUCCUCAGAUCUUAUUGGUGACAGAAGAAAAAACUGUAUGUUGAAUGGUUAGUUAAUCGAGCAUUCUCUAUUUUCCAGCAUAUAUUAAAAACACAUUACAAUGA